AAAGGGAAAGUUGUCAACUCAUCGCGAAGACCUUUUUAAGUUGGACUCUCUCUCUCUCUCUCUCUCUCAUGUGUUGUUGUUCUCUGAGAGAAACAAGAAACAGAGUAAAACAUUUUAAAAAAGCAGAGCUUAGAGCGCCUUUCCGCUAAACUCAAACGCAGAGACGGAGAGAUGGGAGAUGUAAUAUUAUUCAUCGAAGAUAGUAGCGAUUUAAAAUCGAAUUUCUCACGCUGCAGAAUCUGUCACGAAGAAGAAGCCGAGAGCUACUUUGAAGCUCCUUGUUCUUGCUCAGGCACCCUCAAGUUUGCGCACAGAGAUUGCAUACAACGAUGGUGCGAUGAGAAAGGAAACACCAUUUGUGAAAUAUGUCUCCAGGAGUAUAAACCUGGAUAUACCACAACUUCAAAACCAUCUCGUUUUAUUGAAGCAGCAGUAACAAUCAGAGUGAGGAGACAAAAUGAAGGAAGAAGAAAUAGAAGAUUAGUGGAUAGAACUGAAUCAGAUUUUCAAGAAUGCAACUCUGAUGCUGGCAGGGGCGCUUCUUGUUGUCGAUACUUGGCUCUCCUUUUCUCGGUGGUUUUGUUGAUAAAGCAUGCGUUUGAUGUGGUUUAUGGAGCCAACGAGUAUCCCUUUACGAUUUUCACGGUAUUCGCAUUGAAGGCCAUUGGUAUACUAUUGCCAAUGCUCGUUAUCAUUCGGACUGUCGCAGCUAUCCAGAGCAGUCUCCGACACCAAUUCCUCGAAUCUGAAGAAGAUGCGUUGUCCUCUGAAGAAGAAGAUCAUGGUUUGGAGGAGGAAGAGCAACAGCAACAUUUGGCUUAAUUCUUUUCCUCUGCAAACCUUGUCUUUUUUUAUGAAAACAAACAUAUUUCAAAAUAGGAAUCUUUGACCACUAGCAAAUGUAAAUUUUUAUGUUAAGAAUCAUAAGAUAGCUUUAAUCAGAAACCCACAAUAUAUAUAA